AUGCUUGCCGUCAGGUCCGCCACUCCCCGUCUCCUGUCAUCUGCUCGCAGCGCCGUCACCUCGACCCCUCCCUCGAUCCCCGCUUCGAAGGCCGCCUUUCGUCCGCAGUCUGCCCAGCGAUCCCUGGCCAUCUCGACGUCGUCCUUCUCGACCUACCACGGCUCCAACGCCAGACACCAGGCUCCCUUUGCCCGCAAGCCGCUCACUCGCCUCAUCGCAUCCGCAUCGGCUGCUAGCGCUUUCAGCAUCUCGGACUCGACGACCGCCUCCCGCAACAGCUUCUCCACGCACUCCCCCUCGCACCAGCACCAACAAUCCAACAUGACUGCAAACGGAACCGCCGCCGGACAGAAGGUCCACAAGGUCGUCAUCAUCGGCAGUGGACCCGCCGGCCACACCGCCGCCAUCUACCUCGCCCGUGCCAACCUUGACCCCGUCCUUUUUGAGGGCAUGCUCGCCAACGGACUCGCUCCCGGAGGACAGCUAACGACCACGACCGAUGUCGAGAACUUUCCCGGCUUCCCCGAUGGCAUCCGAGGACCCGAAAUCAUGGACAAGUUCCGCGCCCAGUCGGUCCGCUUUGGCACCGAGAUCCACACCGAGACCAUCUCCAAAGUCGACCUCUCUUCGCGCCCCUUCAAGUUCUGGCGCGAGUUCAAUGAGGACCAGCCCCCGGAGCUGACCGAGACGCUCAUCAUUGCGACCGGUGCGUCUGCCAAGAGGAUGCACCUCCCCGGCGAGGAGACCUACUGGCAGUCGGGCAUCUCGGCGUGCGCCGUCUGUGACGGAGCGGUGCCCAUUUUCAGGAACAAGCCGCUGGCCGUCGUUGGAGGAGGCGACUCGGCCGCCGAAGAGGCCAUGUACCUGACCAAGUACGCCUCACACGUCAAUGUGCUGGUGCGCCGCGACGAGCUGCGCGCGAGCAAGAUUAUGGCCAAGAGGCUGCUGGCGCACCCCAAGGUGACGGUCAUGUUCAACACGGUGCCCACCGAGGCCAAGGGCAACGGCGAGCUGCUGACCUCGCUGCGCAUCAAGGACACCAAGACGGGCGAGGAGCGCGACCUCGAGGCCAACGGCCUCUUCUACGCCAUCGGCCACAUCCCCGCCACGUCGCUCGUCAAGGGCCAGGUCGACUGCGACUCGGACGGCUACAUUGUCACUGUGCCCGGCACGGCCCAGACGAGCGUCAAGGGCGUCUUUGCGGCGGGUGACGUGGCAGACAAGAAGUACCGCCAGGCGAUUACGUCGGCGGGCACCGGAUGCAUCGCCGCGCUCGAGGCCGAGCGCCUGCUUGCCGAGGAGGAGGUGCUCGACCCCGUCGACGCCACCGCGGCCAACCAUUACACGGGCACCGACAAGCAGUAG